UGAAAUUUCAUAAUCUCGCUGCCCACUACGCAGGGCGAUUCUUUCAUGCAUGUCGUUUCAAGUCAGUGUCUGAAGACGAGGCUCUGCUCACCAUGGAGGCUAUUAGGACGCUCAGGAGCUGUGCGCUUCGACGUUGGGACGCACCAGACUCCGCCUGAGCAUCACAGAUCAGCAGCUCAGGAGUCUGGAGGAGAUGCUGAUUUAUGUGGUGCAUGACUAAAUUUAAAAAAAAAAAAAAAAAGAGGGGGAAAUGUAAAUUUGGGGCCGGGUGACGCAUGAAUAGAUUUUCUGAGCAGCAGAUUUAUUCCCACACUGAAAUGAAAAGAUUAUUGAUGCAUCCCACAACGCGUCCAAUUAUUAAAUCUUGGCUAAUAAGAUUAGAUUUUUAAGCUCUCUUCCUCCUCCUCUGUUGCCGCCUCGCCUUCCUUUUUCCUUUUUUUAACCCUCGCUGUCUUUGCAGAUGUUGCCUCUCUGAGCACCUGACCAGGACCGGUGUUUACCUUUGCGGCUGUCCGCGUCCAGCAGCUCGUCACGGCGGCUGGAGGCAGAUCGUUCUGCUGAUCCCAGCACCUUUGGUUAUUAAGGGAAGCUCCAGCAGCACCUCCUUGAUCGGUUCCCUCCCUCCCUUCUUUUUUUUUUGCCAAUCGCCAUCCCACGACAGCCUACCCGGAGGAAAGGAGUCGGGGAGGGCAAAGCGAGGACACACCCGCACAUACUGUACCCGGUGUACACGGUAAGGAUGCUGCAGACAACAUGAGAUGAAGAUCAUCGACUGCUGCCCCAAAUUGGAGAUUCGGGAUCUUUUUUUUCUUCUCCCCACCUGCUCUAAAGGCACAAGAGCUGAUCGUCGCUGCGGGUUUUUCACCUUUUCUGAUUCCAGCGGGAGCGUUAGCUCACAUCCACAUAUGGAAAAGAUGUCUGCAGUCAGAUCCUAGGUGACAUCCUGUGGCCGUCAGGUCUUUACAGUGUUGAGCCCCCUCCCUCUCCUGGCCCCCGCCUGCAGUUCUCCAGGCUGCAGGACCCAGACUCACUGAAAAGUGCAGGUCUCCUCCCCCUGCAGAAUGACUGUUGCCACAGGCGACCCCUCUGACGAGGCGGCUGCACACCCGGGACACCCGCAGGACUACGACCCAGAAGCCGACCAUGAGUGUUGUGAGCGGGUGGUCAUCAACAUCUCAGGGCUGCGCUUUGAGACACAACUCAAAACCCUCUCCCAGUUCCCAGAGACUCUGCUGGGGGACCCCAAAAAGAGGAUGCGGUACUUUGACCCGCUAAGGAACGAGUACUUUUUCGACAGGAACAGACCCAGCUUUGAUGCCAUAUUGUAUUAUUAUCAAUCAGGAGGCCGGCUAAGAAGGCCGGUCAACGUCACCUUAGAUAUUUUCUCAGAGGAGAUUCGCUUUUACGAGCUGGGCGAGGAGGCCAUCGAGAUGUUCCGCGAAGACGAGGGUUUCAUCAAGGAGGAGGAGCGGCCUCUUCCCGACAACGAGUUUCAGAGACAGGUGUGGCUACUGUUUGAGUACCCAGAGAGCUCAGGUCCUGCUAGGAUUAUCGCCAUAAUCUCUGUCAUGGUCAUCCUGAUAUCUAUCGUCAGUUUCUGCCUGGAGACGCUCCCCAUUUUCCGCAACGACGAGGACGAGAUGCACAAGUCUCACGCUGCGGUCUUUUCGCCUGAGACCAACACCACAAUCAUCAGCUACACGUCCACCUAUUUCACCGACCCCUUCUUCAUCCUGGAGACGCUUUGCAUUAUAUGGUUCUCCUUUGAGUUUCUAGUGCGCUUCUUCGCCUGCCCAAGCAAAGCAGGCUUUUUUGGUAAUAUAAUGAACAUUAUUGAUAUUGUCGCCAUCAUCCCUUACUUCAUCACCCUCGGCACAGAGCUGGCAGACAGGCCGGAGGAUGGUCAAGCGGGUCAGCAAGCCAUGUCCUUAGCCAUUCUCAGGGUCAUCCGCUUAGUGAGGGUCUUCAGAAUUUUCAAGCUCUCCCGUCACUCUAAGGGGCUCCAGAUUUUGGGUCAGACCCUGAAAGCCAGCAUGAGAGAGCUCGGCCUGCUCAUUUUCUUCCUCUUCAUAGGGGUCAUCCUGUUCUCCAGCGCUGUCUACUUUGCUGAGGCGGAUGAGCCUGAGUCACAGUUUGAGAGCAUCCCAGAUGCAUUUUGGUGGGCUGUGGUGUCCAUGACGACGGUCGGCUACGGUGACAUGGUCCCGACGACGAUUGGCGGCAAGAUCGUGGGCUCCCUCUGUGCCAUCGCAGGUGUGCUGACCAUCGCCUUGCCCGUGCCUGUCAUCGUGUCCAACUUUAACUACUUCUACCACCGCGAGACCGAAGGCGAGGAGCAGGCGCAGUAUCUGCAGGUCAACGUGCCCAAAGCCGACUCGGCCGAGGAGCUGAAGAAGAGCCGCAGUGGCUCCACCAUCAGCAAAUCGGACUACAUGGAGAUCCAGGAGGCCGUGAACAACAGCAACGAGGACUUUCAGGAGGAGAACCUUAAGACGGCCAACUGCACGCUGGCUAACACAAACUAUGUAAACAUCACCAAAAUGCUCACAGACGUGUAGCCAUCUGGUGUUUUCCCUCCCCGUCGCCGGGAAAUGUGGAGCUGAGCAAACGGGUGGGACGGGUGUACGCCCUCCCACCUUUACACGUGCUGGAAAAAUCAAGGCAAUAGAAUUCAGGACGCUGAUGAUGAUUGACUGAAAAAAAAAUGUUGCAAACACCUUACACUCCUCCUGCGCUCAUCCUGUCUUCACUCCUCACAACUUGCCCUUAAAACUUCAGAAAAAUGUCAGAGUGAAAUUUCAAAAAUUUUGCAUUUUCUGCAUGGAGUUGGCUUUGUCUGUGUGGCUGUUUUCAACAAAAAAAAUAGUAAUACCUACAGAAUUAUUGCUCACAACAGUAGCCAACAGUAGUGCACAAACAAAAAGAAAAAGGAAGAAACACAGUGAGACAAAAAAAAAUAAUGCUUUCAAAAUGAAAAAAAUUAACACGACACGAGCCCUGCUUUGGUCCCCCUUCCUUGGUCCUUCAUUUCCCGAGGCACACCGCUCUGCCAUGCGCUUCUCCGGAGAGCCCGACUCGCGCUACACAUGCUGCUUCCUGGAGCCAAUGAAACAAAACUGUCUUAUGCUUACACCAUUUAGCGAUUUAAAACAAAAAAAAAAAAAAAAAAAAAAGGAUGUGUGAGCGUAAAGCGAGCCCACUCCAGCGCCAAUACGGCCCGUGGGUGACUUGCGACGAGGUUGGUGGUGAAGUACGCCACGUUAUUUCAAGGAUGAAUGACAGCCAUCAGCGCUAAGCUUAUGGUUUGACACCUUUUUUUUCCCAGUAGACAUCAGUAUCUGAUGAAUGACUGAGAAUGGCCUUGAAUUUUCACUGCUUUGGUCUUACAUGUACUGUAUGUAUUGCAAUGCAAGCUCCCCCGCCCCCCUCCCCUCCAUUCACCCAAGCUGGUCUUACUGCAGAGCUUUGAGGACAACUUGAAUGUUUCUUCUUGUUUUUCGUUUUUUUUCACGGUUUCACACACGCGGUACUUCUUCAUAUAGAUAGGUAGCUUAACUGUGACUUAACCGAUAGCCAAUAGGUAGGUAGGUGCUGUUAGUAGUAAACCUAGUCCGUAGAUAACUGCAUGACGUUUUUAAUCUGAAUGAGAAUUUCCACGUGUUUCUCAACUGCCACUUGCUUCAUCACACGCCCACUGUAUAUUUGUCUGUACACUGCCUUCUGUACAAAUCCACUCUUUUAAAAGGAUGCCUGCAGGUAGCCGUCUCAAGAACCUAAAGCUGUAUGUUAGAGGGUUUCUUAAGGAGUAAUCGCGAGCCCCCACACUUAACAGGGUGCGGCAUCCUCGUCGGUAUUAACAUUCCACGUAGAAGUCAUUUAAAACUUUUUGCCAGGUCGCUGCUGUGAUUUUUGGGCGUGAAAAGUCCGACUCUAGUUUUUCUGGACAUUAAUCCUGCUCGAUAGACUUGCAGUGCUGUCUUUUUCACAGGUUUCGUCACACGGUCACGUCCUCAUGAUCGAAGUAGUAACUUUUAAGGACUCGUGUAUAGAGAAUUGCUUCCCCCCCCCCGAGCUGCCUUUUAUCUGGGUUUACGCUACUCUCCUAGUGUUGCAUGACCUCAAAGACAUUCCUAGCAUGCGUUUAAGCUCAAAGAAGAAGCCUCGAAGACAAAAAAAGCAUAAUUACUACAAUAGACAUAUUUAUUUCUUAUAUAUAAAACAAUAUAUGUAUACAGACGGAACACAUAUACAGUACGCAUAUACUAUUAUCGGAGGGUUAAAAACCUGAAAUAGCGAUGUUUAAGAGAAAGCAAGAGCCUUUCCACAAUGUGCAGAUCAUUGCCAUGUUUUUAUUUUUAAUGAUAAUUGUUCUGAGCGCCGUUGUUCUCCUGUUUCAGAGCCUGUUCAGAGUGCCAAAGACACACUCUCACUAGCCAUUUCAAAAAGCGUUUUCUUUACUGGGGAUUUUUUUUUUUUUUAGGGAAAACGCAGACACCCGUCGCAUCAGAUGUUUGCUUCACUUGAUUCAAAACUGCCCUCUGUGAAGUAGCUGUCGAAAGGCAUCUAAACCGUCGUCCCUAACCAGGAUCUUUUAUCGGGAAGCUUUCGUUGGCGUUGAAUUGGUCAGGAUUUAUACGGAGUCUCUGAUGCCAGAAUCUCAGUCUGUCUUUAAAAGUUGGCAUCAAAUGUGAAUUAGGUUCUGAUUCUAGGAUUGCGUCCAGCAAAGAUUUUUCCACCGUUCGCUCAACACUGCCAAGGUAACAGUCGAAGGCAGUAACAUCAAUAUGGGAAGUGAUAAUUAGCAGCAGUGUAGCAGAUAUCGUCUGACCUAGGGGUCCUCUGACGUCCCUCCUGAGUGUCUCGCCUUUCCGCAUCUUUUCACAGAUGUCUCAUGUAAUUAGAAAGGUGAUGGAUUAGGAGAGGGUCUGUAGCAAGCACCGUCUCGGAUGAGUUCUGUCAUGCCAGGAUGUGCUUCUUUAUUCUUAGGGUCUCGUUCUGCUCACUACAGUCUCAACCUGCAGUAGCAAAAUGUCUGAACGCCAUCGCUGCCAAUAACGUGCUCAGGAUGCCUCGUCCAACUGCCCGACGUGAGGCUUCUGAAGUCGUCUCUCUGUCCAAACCCGUGUUUGCUUUUGUGUGUCUGGAAAAAAGUUUUUGAAGAGUUUUAGGAGCUAAAGUGGAGCAGUUGUAUUUGAUGCUUGUAGAGGAGCAGCGUGAAGGUGGAGUGAGAAAAUGGUCGGUCGCUCGAUGUAGGACCGGAUUAAAUAGGUGAUUAGCAAUAUUUCCAUUGUAAUGUGGUGGAGGAGUCUGUGUGGAGAACAUAGACGUUGAUUUUAAAAACAAAAAAAAUAAAUAAACAAAGGAAAGAAUGAACUAGGACUGUACCCGAAUAUCCCGAAUAUUCGUUCGCUACGGCGUUAUCCGGAUAUUAAUUUGGUAUCCGAAUAUUCGUCCCCGCCGUGUUCGGCUCAUCUCGGCUCAUCCAUUCGUGUUUGUAAACACCACCCGAAUGGCCGGGUUGCUGCCGACUCUGACGUCACGCUUCACUUCGUUGCAUAAACACAAGACAAGAUGCUGUAGCCCUCUGCUGUUCGGGAAUUCUUCAGUUUAACUGAAAACAAAACGAAGGCAAAAUUUGGACCCAGGAGACCAGACGAACGGAUCCGAAUAUUCGGAUAUUCGUCUUUAAUAGGGCCCGAAUAUUCGGAGGCCAGAAACUACUAUUCGGGCCAGCCCUAGAAUGAACCCGUAUGGACCUCCACAGUCGAACCAAGAACAUCAGUUGAGUGUUGUUUGAGGUGUGCACUUAUAGCAGGUGUGUGUGUGUGGUUGUGUAUGUGUGUUUGUGUGAGAGAGAAAAAGAGAAAAACUGAAUGUUGGUGUCUUGGCCUGGUUGUACAGCUGCAUUUAUGCAACAGCCAUUUGCAUAUCUGUGUACGUGGAAGAAAACACUCACAGUCUGACCAAAAAUAUUUGUCUAUGCAUGCAAAUGCAUCAUAUCUUAGCGUCUUCAUUCCGUUUCUUUGGACAGGAAUUUCUGAUAGAUGCCACACACGGACAUUUAUCUGUUAUUUUUCACAUUGGGGCAUGUUACUGUACCUCAGCCAAAUUCACUGUAGCAACACACAACAUUGUAGUUGAUUAUUUCUGCUUAAAGCACAAAGACGAGUAGACUCAUCCUCACCUGGAUUCCUGUUUCUAUUCAGUGGCGACACAGUCAAUUAAAGGAUGUUGUGCUGCUUCAUCGGGAGCACCACGGCCUCCAAGAAUACCAUCUCUCACCUGCUGAGGGACCCACCAGCAAGGUCACUCCAUUAGAAGGGAGCCCAACAGUGAAUACACUGAGAAAUCUAUGCAGAGAUCGAUUAUUAGCUUGUAGUUUUCGGGGGAGAAGAGGGUUUAAGUACAGAUUCUUUAUGUUUUACCGGACACCCAAUUCCGUGUGGAUGCAUCGAGCUGACGGAGCGUUUUAAAGAAACCUCGGAGCAAAAGUGAAAGCCUUGGCAAUGUUCUGCUGCUGUACGUCAAAACGCUCACACAUUAGCUGAAUGUCAAUAUCAGCUUUCUGAGCUUCGGGUUUGUUUGAACUGCCACGUCAGCUCUUUCCUAUAAAAAAACUCACACAUACAGGAAGCGACACGAUCAAUAUGCAAUCUGUACGCGUGUGUGUUUGAGGCGUUUCUUUUUCGUUUGACCCCAGAGCCUGACAGUGUGGCAUCCACUGAAACGACAUGUACAGCUGUUCACCUCACCCCCAUCCUCCCCGUGUCACCAGGCCUGAACACAUCCAUCAGAGUUGGUACAGUGGAUAAAGUGAGUUUCUUUCUAUGAAAUGAAAUGCGAGAGAAUAAUGUAAAUAACAGCUGAUGGACGAUGGAGCAAAGACCAUGUACUAUAUGAUGUAUGUGAAGUCUGGAUUCAAAACAUAGUAUUAUCUGCACUUUACAACAAAAAGGACAAUCUAUGGACGAGACAAAGGUGUGAAAUUAAAAAUGCAUAUAUUCCUUCCAAAUGAUCAUAACCCUGACAAAGUAAUAUCAAUAAUGAAGCCAAUAAUAACUCAAAGGAAAA